GAGCCGGCGGGGCUCAGGCGGUGGGUGCCGCGGGUGGCCCCUCACGCGGGCACUGCUGAGGGGAAGCCCAGCAGGCCCGCUUAACUCCUGAGACGGCGGGGAACUGGCCUGAACACCGAGCCGGAUUUUGUUAUAAACUUGAAAGUAAGUUGACACUUGGUAUCUCAAGAAGACAAAAAGUGUAAAUAACCUGUUGACCUAAUUACCAAACAAUAGUGGAGGAAGUGUUAAAACUGAAUGGACUUAGCAGAAACCACAUGAUAUGUUUUUUCUCAGAGGUGGCAGAUUUAGGAUGUGCUGAUUGCAGCCUUCUCUGGAUGCUGAAAUUCUGCAGUUGCAUUGAAGUGUUAGCCGGGCUAGAUAUCUGUGCAAAUGUGAUGAAAGAGAAAAUGCAUACUUUGUCUCCUCUUCCUGUUGAUUAUUUGCAGCCAUCUGAAAGAUCCCUAACUGUUACCUUGCAUCAUGGUUCAGUUGCCCAUAAAGAUCCUUGUAUGCUUGGUUUUGACUUGGUGACAUGUAUUGAACUAAUAGAACACCUGGAUGAAUCAGAGCUGAAGAAGUUUCCUGAAGUGGUGUUCGGUUUCAUGGCUCCAAGCAUAGUUGUGAUCAGCACUCCAAAUUCUGAAUUUAACCCUUUGCUUUCAAGAGUGAUGUCAUACAGGCAUCCAGACCACAAAUUUGAGUGGAGCCAAGCACAGUUUCGAAACUGGGCUCUAGAGGCUGCUCGAUGCUAUGGUUACUCAGUGGAAUUUACUGGCGUUGGGCACCCACCAACAGGAAUGGAGAAGGUUGGGUUUUGUACCCAAAUAGGUGUGUUUCUGAGAAAAUAUCCUCAAACUGGUGAAUUGGUUCAGUCUGAGAAACCCACUGAAACAGUUUACAAAACAGUCUUCAAAGCAGUGUACCCAAGUCUUAAAGAUGAAAAGUACUUGCAGAAUGCAGUGAUCAGUGAAGUUAUUUUCACAGCCCAAAUCAUUAAGCACCGUUUAAUGUCAAUACGUGAGGAGUACAGUGAUGAUCCUGAGAGAGAAUCCAAAUUCCAACCUUCAAUGGACUGUUUUUCAGACUAUCUUGGAAAACUGGUCGUUGAAAAACACAUGGAACCAUUUAUCAGUGGAAAUGAGGUUUACAUACCUCUUGCAACAAUCUUUUCUUUUCCCAAAGUGAAUCGCCUUUGUGGUACCUUUGAGAAGUUAUGCAAGCUUAUUGCUGGCAAGGUCACACUGAGUAGUGAUGGCUCUGCUGUGAUGUUCAGUAUUGAGCAUGAAGAGAAUUAGAUCUUACACAAAGUUCAGUUGAAGUAAUGAAAGUGUUUUUUUUAAAAGCUGUCAGAUGCAAUGUUCUGUAUGCUAAGUAGACUACAAAAUAUUUUCUAACCUUCCAUUGGUGGUCUUUAUUUGUCAGCAUCUCUCAUUGAGUGAAGGUGAGUGCUUCUGACAAAGGCAGCAGUAACUCCUAGGGGUUUCAAGUAGAGUAUCAGGAGCUAAAAGGAAAAAAUUCCUAAGAAAAUUAAGUAUUUCUGUUAGCUUUCUAUUGCUUUAUUGUAGCUAUCAUUACUAGAUUAUUUCUAGUAGGCUCUUGUUAGCUUCAAGGAUAGUUUGUUUUGCCAUCUACUGUGUUGUGCUGAAUAAUGUAAGUCAGACCUAAGUUUAGGGCAAGUUUUUUCUUAAUUUUGACAAAAAUUAUAGAUGCCUUUUUCAAGAUGAGUACAUACUCAGCCUUGAUGAAAACCAAAUGUUGUUCAGCUGAAUUGAAAUAUGAAACUAUCAUCUUUGUUCUGUUUUUGAAAAAAAAAUUCAAAAAAUUAAAGAACUGCAGUAAUUGUGAAUGCUAA